UCAAACCAAAACAAAACCAGAAUCCAAAGCAGGAAACGCGUCGCCUCCUCUCGUGAAAAGGGAGAAAUAACAACGAAAUAAUUGGAGGAAGUAAGAGAAAACAAGCGAUAAUAACCGAGUGAUGUGGAGAGAAGAAGAUGAAGUCGUCAAAUAAUAAGUAAAUGAGGAACAAAGGCGGAUAGACUUAACUGAUGGAGUAGAGGAAGGGGAGAUAAAGAGGGAAUAGAUCUCGUGAAAAUAUAAUGAAGAAUAAGAGGAAGAGAGAUGGAGAAGAAGAUGAAUCUAGUAGCCAUUGGGCCCCAAGGGAAGAGAGUCGGGCUCGUGGUUUCUUCCUUCCAGCAGUUUAUGGAGAAAAGUCGUGAGAAGUUUGCUCUGAAGAAUGAUGAAACCUUGAAGGUAACCCUCUCUGAUGACACAGAGAUCGAUGAGGAAUACUUUGAGUUUGUGUCUCCAGGGAGCGAACUUCACGUCGCUUCAUCUUCGGGAGAGACCCCAGAGGAGAUCCAGGCCUUAGCCACCUUCCUCCACCGUUGCCUGCAGAACCAGCCACAAGUCCACGACCGGAUUAUGGGCCUCUUGCGUGAGUCGAGCCGGUCGCCAAAGGGGGCGGAGAUUCUGGGUCUGCUGUCUGUUUCAUCGCAGGUUUCGGCAUCUGUGAGUGAGAGGACAAGCGACCAUGAGUGGUUUAAAGGGCUAGACACCAAAUUCAAGACCAAGGAAUCUGUCAUGCGAAACAGUGCAGAGACGAGGAUGCGCGGCUACUUCGAGCAAGCCAAGAAAGAACUCCUGGCUGAUGACCCAAGCAGCAAUGGGCCAGCAAGACAAGCCAUAGAGUUCUUUAGACAAGAGCUGAAGAGUUGUGGGCACAACGCAGCAUACUUCGACCGCUCGGCUUCCAAGUGCCUUCGACUGUGUGACUCAUAUGGCUUGUUUGAGUGCGAGGGGCAGUAUGAUUCCCCAGGGUGUUUCUCGUCACAUUUCAUCAACCCUUAUGCAUGUAGAGAAGCUCGCAUUGUGUUCUCCACGUGGAACCUUGAUCAUGUAAUUGAGAAAUCCCGUGCCAUCCUCCCCACACUGAAGAAAGCUCUGAAGGGGCCUAGAGCAGAGUCCGUCAACUUACCCUAUUUCCACAGCCUCCUCUUCCGGCACAAGUGCAAAAAGCAAGGCGAGGAUGCAGAAGGCAACCUCAAGCUGGUCCACAUUGCAUGCCACAUCAAGAAGCCGCACGGGGACCGCUGUGAUCAGGGGAAGAUCUAUGUGGAAAAGAAAUACUCUGGGGACAAAACCAAUGGACACGAUGUAAUUGAUAGCAGGCUGGCGACACGAUUUCAGUCUCGGUCCUGUGGCGUGACGUCAUCGACAAACUCGAUCAACACACAUAGAAGGAAACGCACAGGCAUUGAUGUCCACAGUGUAAGGAGAAGCAAGAGGUUGCGUCUCAUCGCCAGGAAGUCAAAAAGACAGAAUGUUCAUAAACACCAUGAAAUUUCCAAUACAUGUUGACUGAUAUUGCUUGGCAUAUAGUAUACAGGAAAAGAUGAGGCGAAAGGUUGAAUCCCCAAAAGGAGGCUGUUACCAAGAAUUGUAUUUCAUAGAAACCAUGCUCAAUAUCCUGUGAUAAAAGAAUGACCUUCACUACAGAACCAGUGAUUAAUCCAAAGUAGAGAGAGUAAUAUAUUUGAUAUAUUUUAAUGAAGUUAUAUAAACAUUUAUGAAGUCACAAUUUCGAAUGAAGUGGAGGUCAUGUCUGCUCAGAAUAGAAUAUAUAAGGCAGAGACUCACGAUCACUAAGCAUUCCCCAGUAAGAGCACGAGAGGCUUCUUCAAUUGUAUUUUAUUCAAGAAGCUUUAGAGUCUUUGGUUUUGCUUUUGUGUAUGUUAUUUUAUGCACCACAAUUCUGUUUUAUAUUUUUGAACUUCUGCCACAGGACAUGUGGAGAAUUUAGGUGUUCGUCAUCUUUUUUUUCAUUUAUGAUGCAAGCCUAGUGUUACUGCUUUCUUAUCAUCUUUUUUAUUGUUGUUAUUAUUAUUAUUAUUUUGAGUGUGUGUACACGUGUGCAUGCGUGUGUGUGUGUGUGUGUGUGUGUGUGUGUGUGUGUGUGUGUGUGUGUGUGUGUGUGUGUGUGUGUGUGUGUGU